AUGCUGACCAGCAUCAUUGAAAAUCUGAUCAUCCAUAUUGUUACUGUAGUGGGGAACUUGGUCAUUACACUUUCAAGUAUUUUGACAAUGGUUUCUCUCCCCACUUUUGAAGUCAUUGCCAUGCUCCCAGUCCGGUAUGACAGCAACUCCACUUUCCACUUGCAGCAAAUGAAAGGCAAGACACUAAUGGUAGCUGGAAAUGACACUUUGCUAUCAGAAUUCAUUGUUUUUGGAUUCACUGAUGACCAAAAAUUACAAGCCAUCCUUUUUGGACUCUUUCUAGUGAUCUACAUGAUUACCUUGGUAGGCAACCUUAGCAGAAUUAUGUUAAUUCAGGCCGGUCCCCAAUUGCACACCUAUGUGUACUAUUUCCUCAGCCACUUUCUCUCUGACAUGUGCUUUUCAUUGUCGGUCACUCCAAAGAUGCUGGGGAACCUCCUGCAGGGGAAGAGAACCAUUUCUUUUGCGGGUUGUGCUGUUCAGUUUUCUCUGGCUGCAACCUUUGGGACCAUCAAGUGCUUCUUACUAGCAGUGAUGACAUAUGGUCGUUACUCUGCUAUCUGCAGGCCUUUGCUCUACCUGCUCAUCAUGUCCAACAAGGUGCAUUUCCAGCUGGUCAUGGUUUCCUAUGUAGUCAGCUGUGUCAAUGCUGUGAUUUUCAAAGGUUCAGUGUUUAGUUUGUCCUUCUGUGGGAUGAAUGAAAUCAAUCACUUCUCUUGUGAUUUCCCUCCUUUGCUGGGUCUUGCCUGUUCCGACCCCCAAGUGGCUCAAAUUUUGAAUCCUAUCACGUCGAUUCUCAUUGUUUUGGUCACGAUUCUCAUCGUAGCCAUCUCCUAUCUGUGUAUCCUCUCUGCAAUUCUGAGAAUCCACUCCACUGAGGGGAGACACAAGGCUUUCUCCACCUGCACCUCUCAUCUGACUGCUGUCACGCUGUUCUAUGGGACUCUGUCAUUUAUUUUUACACAGCCAAACUCCAUGUAUUCAACGGUUCAGAAGAAAGUGGUGUUUGUGUUCUCUGUGGUGGUGAUCCCCAUGCUGAACCCCCUGAUUUACAGCCUGAGGAACAACGAUGUGAAGGAAACUCAGAAGAAUAUUUGGUUCUUAAAAGAUGUUCUGAUUGAUUGA